UGAAUUUGAAGAAUAAUAAAGCAUGGAAGUCGAAUAAGCUUUAUGGCUCACCGAUGAUAAACAAAAACAAUGUCUAAAUGCUUUCAUUCAUCGCUGUUCUCUUCAACUGAUCGCGGAAUGCAUUUCGCGUACAAUUACCCAGACCUGUAACAUAAACACUAUUAUGUUUACGUGCGAAGAUCGUAAACAAAGAUGUAAACAAUAUUGGUAACACGCGACACUUAUCCUCGUCGGUGUAUUGAUAUUGGAGAGUCAAGUUGGUACAUGGUUAUCAACAAAUCUUAUUGGUGGGCUGGUAUCGGGCCAUAUUAUUUACAAAACGAGCCCCUCUAACUGCGUCAGCAGUUCUUUAUAUAAGUAGAAUCAGCUAUUGUCUAUUUAGUAUUUCAAGAUGAUUCGGUAAAUGAACUCGUAAUAACGAAGUUAAAACUAUUGCAGAAAAGGAAAUCGGUAUCAGCAAUUUUUACGAAUCGUUACGAAACAAAUCAAGAAUGACACGAAAUGUUAUAACAUAUUAUUACAGUGUGAAAUAUUGUCAAAAGUUUCUCCUUUUGUCAAGACAGUUGACAGAUAGUGCUACUGGUAAAGGUUAUAGUGGAAGUGUUGAUAAAAAUAAAUUAUUAAAUCGUUUACGUACUUUGUGGAAAAUGAAGAUGUCCAUGCAAAAUCACUCGAAGAUUUUAUCGCAAUUGAAAGAUUAUUUAAACAAAGCUGGGUAUGAUAAGAAUUUGCAAAUUAUCUUCUCCAAAUAUUGGUUAGAUUUUCUACAAAGAGUAACAUAUUCACAAAUAAAUACUUUGAAGAAGUUGUCAGCACUUGAAUUUUCAAAACAUAUGAAUAAUAAUAAAGAUUUAGCUACAAAACAAGGCGACAUUAGUAAAAUAGAAAAAGAGAAGGUAAUACUGAAUGUUCCAGAAGAAGAGACAUUAACUACCAGCUCUGUUCAAUGUAAAAAGCAAAUUCAUGAAGAUAAUAUACAAGAGAGUAAACUUCAAAACAAAGCAGUAUCACAAAUUAUUUCUGAGUUUCUUGGUGCACUGAUAUUUAAUUCUGUACAAAGUAAAACAGCCAGAUUAGUUGUACCACCAAAGUGGAAAGUAAAUAUUCACAAAGAUAUACCAAAACACAGUAUUACGUCUAGAACAAAUCAUGUCUUGAAUAGUAUAAUAACUGCUGAAUCAACUGCUUCACGUUGGAGAAGGAUCGAAGAUUUAUUAGCACACAUUGAUCAAUAUCCAGAAGCUAGACAUUAUGCGAUUAAAGGAGGAGCGAUAAGAGUAUUGCUUAAAACUAGACGAAAGGUUAAAGAUGAACAAACAAAAGCAUCUAUUAGAGAAGCAUUAGCAGUAUUGGGUUAUACUGAACCCUUGCCUGGCAGAGGUAUUAGAAUUCUUUCCAUUGAUGGUGGGGGUGUGCGUGGAGUAUUAGUUAUAGAAAUGUUAAAAAAACUUGAGCAAUUGACAGGCAAGAAAACUCAUGAACUGUUUGAUUACAUAUGCGGUGUGAGUACAGGAGCUAUUCUUGCUGCUGCUUUAGGUGGACAUAAACGAAAAUCGUUGUUUCAAAUAUCUGAAUUAUACAAGGAACUAAGUACUAAAGUGUUUACUCAAAGUGCAAUAAAAGGUACGAGUAAUUUGGUAUGGAGCCAUGGAUAUUAUGAUACAGCGCUCUGGGAAAAAUUACUGCAAGAGAAUAUAGGAGACAAAGUUCUUAUAAAAACAGUUCAUGAUCCUGCUGGUCCAAAAUUUUCAGCUAUAUCUGCUGUUGUAAACCAAGAACGUGUAAUGGCCUAUGUAUUCAGAAAUUAUACUUUACCUCAUAAAGUCGAAAGUUUAUAUCUAGGAUCUCAUAAACAUAAAUUGUGGGAAGCUAUUAGAGCAUCUGCAGCAGCGCCUAGUUAUUUUGAAGAAUUUAAAUGUGGUGGAUACCUUCAUCAGGAUGGAGGUAUACUGGUAAACAAUCCAUGUGCAGUCGCAUUACAUGAAGCUAAAGAAUUAUGGCCAAAUAAUCCAAUUCACUGUGUGGUUUCAUUCGGAACUGGUCGCACGCCAAAUCAAAUUUGUGACAACAGCAAAGCGACAGAAAUAGCGAUUUCAAGUUGGAAAGACAAGUUUUAUAAAAUUUUGGAUAGCGCGACAGAUACCGAAGCUGUGCAUAUUAUGUUGAACGAUCUGCUGCCUGAAAACGUUUACUUCCGAUUCAAUCCAUAUUUAACGGAGAUGUUAUCGAUGGUAGAAAUACGUCCUGAGAAAAUCAAUCAACUAGAACAAGAUGCAAGAAUGUAUAUACGUAGAAAUGAAGAAAAGUUUCAAAAAGCUGCUGAAGUUUUAUUACAGAAGAGAAAACUCCAACAAAAAAUCAUGGAUUGGAUCACAUUACAAAGAAAAGUUUCAGGUCUAUGA